AUGGGAGGAAAUUACAACAUCUUAUUCAUUAAAGUCUACCUUUCGCAUGCCAAUCGUGUCAUCUCCAGCUAUGUCGCGGACGAGAGAACUGACAAGAUACGGCGAGCAAAAAUCGAAAUGCAAAUUUUAGAAGAGAUUGAAAAGUCGAUGUUUCCUAUGGACCUACGUAUCGACUGGGUUUCGAUGGUCGUCCAUAGCAAUACGUUUGACAUAUAUUGGCUAGGUCAGCAGGACCUACAUAACCUUCAUAAAGAUGCUAUUAAACGUAUUGAGCCCGAUAUGUCUCUUGCUGAGACACUGAUAUCGCCAUCGCCAUCAGCUUCUCCAUCGUCAUCAUCAUCAUCUCGAGAAUCCUCUCCUUUAAAUUCUGGGCUAGGAUUCCCAAGCCUAUCGGAUCUUGAGACGUCUUCAGAGAUCGACGCACCAACUCUAGAAACCCGAACGCCAGAUGCGCCUGCUGUCACACCAACGAAACCUACUAAAAAGAGAGCAACCAAGACUGGAGGAAAGCAGCCAGCCGGUGUUCGCAAGAGCCGCGCUCCUGCAAAGAAGAAACUAUGCCCGGCUGCAGAGGGAGAAUUAAAAACGUUGGCCGACAUCGUCGAACCAGAUGAACAGAAAAGUGAUAUUCCCAUAGACAAAGAAGAGCCUGCCGGAUUUGCCGAUGAAAGCACACCAUCUCCUUUACAAGAAGGAUUCAAAACCCCAGAAACCUCCACUCCGGCGGGAGUUCUGAAGAAUAGUCAGAUAGCGAGCAAAAAAGGUAAAGGGGAAAAGCAAAAAAGCGUGCCACGGCAAACUAAAGCUUAUAAAACAACAGCUAUACCUCCGGGAAUGGGGAAGGGAAAAGGCAAAGGGAAGGGCAAUCACCCUUAG